AUGCCGAAGCCCAAGACCAGAGCUACAAGGCAUGUAGAAGAUGGUUAUGGCCUGGCAUGGAUCCUGAAACUGCAACACUUGAUGGAUUUUUUCCCGAUAACUCGGACCACACCUGAAAACUUACUUUUAGCUAGUAAAUCCAAGGGAGCAGCAGUAAAACUGGCAGACUUUGGCUUGGCUAUAGAAGUCCAAGGAGAACAACAGGCUUGGUUUGGCUUUGCUGGUACUCCGGGAUACCUUUCUCCAGAGGUGUUACGAAAAGAUCCUUAUGGAAAACCUGUGGAUAUGUGGGCAUGUGGUGUCAUUCUGUAUAUCCUCCUGGUGGGAUAUCCUCCUUUCUGGGAUGAAGACCAGCACAGGCUUUACCAGCAGAUCAAGGCUGGUGCUUAUGAUUUUCCCUCACCAGAAUGGGAUACAGUGACUCCUGAAGCAAAAGACCUUAUCAAUAAAAUGCUUACCAUCAACCCAGCAAAACGUAUCACAGCAUCAGAAGCACUAAAGCAUCCAUGGAUCUGUCAACGUUCUACUGUUGCCUCUAUGAUGCACAGACAAGAGACUGUAGAUUGCUUGAAGAAAUUCAAUGCAAGAAGAAAACUAAAGGGGGCCAUUUUGACAACUAUGCUGGCUACCAGAAAUUUCUCAGCAGCCAAGAGUUUACUGAAAAAGCCGGAUGGAGUUAAGAUAAACAACAAAACGAACGUGGUAACCAGCCCCAAGGAAAAUAUUCCUACCCCGGCGCUGGAGCCCCAAACUACAGUAAUCCACAACCCUGAUGGAAAUAAGGAAUCAACGGAGAGUUCCAAUACAACCAUUGAAGAUGAGGAUGUGAAAGCUCGUAAGCAGGAGAUUAUCAAGGUUACUGAGCAGUUGAUUGAAGCUAUCAACAAUGGAGACUUUGAAGCUUACACAAAAAUCUGUGAUCCAGGCCUUACAUCUUUUGAACCUGAAGCUUUGGGUAAUCUAGUAGAAGGGAUGGACUUUCAUCGGUUUUACUUUGAAAAUGCUUUAUCCAAAAGUAAUAAGCCAAUCCACACCAUUAUCCUCAAUCCUCAUGUCCACCUUGUGGGAGACGAUGCUGCUUGCAUUGCAUAUAUACGGCUCACACAGUACAUGGAUGGAAGUGGGAUGCCAAAGACUAUGCAGUCAGAGGAAACGCGGGUCUGGCACCGUCGUGAUGGGAAAUGGCAGAAUGUUCAUUUUCACCGUUCAGGGUCACCAACAGUACCUAUCAAUGCCUAGCACAGCGGGAUCCCAAUCAUGACUUCGGCCCCUAGAUGCUACGCUAAAAAUAUCAGCGGUGCCGCUCUUGCAUUUUCUGUACCCAACGCACCUGGUUGAUUACCAUCUUCGCCAUCCCGUUCUCUUCAUGCAUGUUUCUGAGUGCAUGAAGUUGUGAAGGUUCUUCAUGUAACACAUUUGUGAUGCACCAUGUUGCUGUAUAUUCCAUCUGUACACUGUUAACAUUUCGAUGAAGGUGAUGUUCCAUGCAAAUAGAGAAUAACAAGGCAUAAAAGACAAAAAAAAAAAGUUGAUGGACAGCAGUAGAUACAGAAUACAUUUGUCACUUUCUCCAUUUAUGCCAAGUUUUGACAGACAACUUUAAAAACUAUCCUGUUUAU